AUGGAGGAUCUAACAGUGCAGCUUGAGCAAGUCGCACCAACAUUAUGGGAAACGUUGGGUUUGGUGUCGACCCCAGACCAGUCGACACGACGUCAAUCAAGUGGAGAUAAUAGGCGGGACAAAAGUCUGGUUUUCACAACAAUCUGCGCCCUUGUUAGCGUCUUGCGUUCACAGAAGGCCAACAAUUUUCAGAUGGUCGUUGGACUCUUUUUACUGGGUUCAGGGGCAUCAAAAAGAGAAAUCUCUGUCCUUGCCCAUGCAGGUCUCUCAAUCUCAUAUGCGCUCAUUAUCGAUCACGUCAAGAAGCUGUCUACUGAGGGCUUAGUCACUAUUCAAGAGGUGUUCCGGACUUUGAUGGUCCAAAUCGUAUGGGAUAAUCUUAACAUCGCCUUUCGUAUUGCAGAACAGCGGAUGGGCUCAAAGAACCAUUUCGACAGCGGCACGACAGCAACUAUGAUUCCUGUUUUUGACCCGGCGACUGGCAAGCAUGCAGCUCAUGGGACUCUUCCGCUUGAAACAAACCUGUCCCGAGAGCGAACACUCCCAGUCCUUGAUUGGACAGCAGACGACAUAUUACCCAGUCCUCAAGAAGCGGAGCAGAUAUCGCAGACAUGCCUCUGGCAGCUCAAGCGAAUUGCACUUGAGCAUAUUCCGGGUGUUACUGAUGUGCUUCGUGAGUCGCUGGGCGAGUGUCCUACGGUCCAUCAAAUUCCGCUGCAUAAGACUGAGCAGUAUCCCUUACCUGCCAUGAAAUUGGACGAAUCAAGUCUUGACGGUACGAUCGAGGUCUACGAAACAAUACUCCGAAAUAUCGGGGUUAACGAUGAAGCACUCCGUAAACACGGAAUCGUGUUCGAUGAUGGUGAUUUGCUGACUGACUCGCUGAAGGAGAAGUUUGAGUCUGCUCGCCGCAAUAGCACCACACCAAUUGCAGGAUUUCGAGCAUCAUGCCGCCGAUUUGGUCUUUUCCAUGCUGAGAUGGCAGGCUGUCGGCUCACUAUCAACGAGCACUGGGGUUCACCAAACUCCGUAUGGCCUGGGAGCUUAUGGUGGGAGCACAACAAGCUCCUACACCGAAAGCCUGUCAAGGCUGGGUGGGGUAACAAGAAAGCGACUGAUUGGAAGCCUGCUCAUGAACUCCUUCAAAUUUCUAUUGCAGGUCAUAUUAUGGAUGGCUUUCGGCUUUAUUGUCCCGACAACGAACUCGAAAAAUGGGCUUCAAAGGCAACAGUUGCGCAAUUCAAUGAAGUUGCUGAUUCUGUCAUGCAGAAACUUUUUUCGACCAAAGCAAUUGUCAAGCUUCACUCACAAGACAAAUACGAUACCGUGCUUGAGAAUAAUAUUCUCUAUAAUCGCGACACCCUAUUCUACAUCGAUUUUGUCCAUGCCCUCAAGCAAGGCGACAUUAGUCGAGUCGUGAAUAUCUUGCGCAUCUGGACGUUAAUGAUGCGGUCACCGAAGACAAUGCCUCGAUAUGCAGACGCCAUGUUCGAGACACUUGUUCGCAUCAAGCACUUUCCAGACAAACAGAGGGAGCUCUACCUUGCAAAUUGGCUGGUUAAUCUAUCUGGUCGUCCCUUCGGCUUCAAACCUGUCGACUUGCUACAAGAGCACCAGAAUAUGUGGGCGAAGACAGUAUACAAUGCAAAGAGUGCCAACAAAAACUGGAACUGGCUCGCGAUGAUUACGGUCUGUAUUUACAGUCUUCGUGAAGCUAUGCGAACAGUACAGACCUCAUUUCGCAUUCCAGCAUAUGGCGAGAAACAUAAGAGCCCCGAAAUCAAAGCCGAGGUUGCGAUCAUCACCGCUGCGCUGAAGGACAAUAACAUCUAA